AAUAGAAAUGGCAACUGAUGAUCCUGUCCUGAAACAUGAGGGGACCCACAGCAGAGAGCUGAGGAUUGUCCUGCUGGGAGGAAGAUGGGGUGGGAAGAGUUCAGCAGGAAACACCAUCCUGGGAACGGAGUGGUUUGAUUUUGGGAGACAGAGAACUGUGCAAAGUGAGAACCGCCAUAAGGAAAUUGCUGGCAGACAGGUCACUGUGGUCGACACACCAGGGUGGAAAGGUUAUUGUUCUUUGAAAGAAACCACAGCGAAAGAUAAAGAGGAGAUCAAACACAGUGUGUGUCACUGCUUACCAGGACCCCACGCUUUCCUCCUCAUUGUUCCCCUGGACACCUCGUUCACCGAGGACCACAGGACAGCACUGGUGGAACAUCUGAAGCUCCUGGGAGACAGAGUAUGGAGAUACUCCAUGGUGCUGUUCACCUGUGGGGACUGGCUGAAGGACAGAACCAUCGAGGAGCACAUUGAGACAGAAGGGAAGGCCCUCCAGUGGCUUGUAGACAAAUGUAGGAACAGGUAUCAUGUCUUCAACAACAGGAACCGGGGUGAUGACACUCAGGUCACAGAGCUGCUGGAGAAGAUACAGGAGAUGGUGGCAGAAAAUGGUGGUGGUCAUUAUGAGGUUGAAGAAAGUGUUUGUCAGGCCAUGGAGGAAAAGAGGAAAGCAGUGGAAGAAAAGGCAGAGAAGAGGAAGAUGGAAGUGAAGAAACAAAGAGAGGAGCUCAAGGCACUAAUCCAGGAAAUGCAGAUCAAGCUGACAGAAAUGAGAGUAGUUCUGCUUGGGAGCCAAAAUGCUGGAAAGAGUGCAACAGGAAACACCAUCUUGGGCAAAGAGGAGUUUGAUGUUGAAAGAGGGACCUUAAAGUCUUUUGUGAAACAUGGUCAAGUGAAUGGGAUGGAAAUCACCAUAGUUGACACACCAGGCUGGUGGAGAAGCUUCUCUGUAAACAGCACUCCAGAGCUGAUCAAACACGAAGUGCAGUGCAGUGUGUUUCUGUGUCCCCCUGGACCCCACGUCUUCCUCCUGGUCAUUGAUACAGAUGUAUUGUUCACAGAGAGGCAGAGGAGAGCUGUGGAGGAACACCUGCAGCUCUUAGGUGGGCAGGUGUGGAGAUACACCAUGGUUUUGUUCACUAAAGCUGAUUGGCUGAGGACCAUGUCUAUUGAGCAGUACAUAGAGUUAGAAGGACAGGCCCUCCAGUGGCUUGUGGAGAAAUGUGGGAACAAGUACCAUGCUCUUGAUAACAAGAACAAAGCUGAUGGCACUCAGGUCACUGAGCUCCUGCAGAAGAUAGAGGAGAUGGUGGCAGGGAACAGAGGAAGUCACUAUCAGGUGGAUGAGAAACUUCUGGGAUCCAUAGAGGAGAAGAGGAAGGAAGUAAAGGAAAAGGCUAAGCAGAGGAUGAAAAAGAUGAAGGAACAGAGAAAGAGACUCCAAGCUGGCCUCCAAGGGUCCAGCCAUCGUCUUCCAGAGCUGAGGCUGGUCCUGUUGGGGCAGGAAGGAGCUGGGAAGAAUGCAACAGGAAGCACCAUCCUGGGUAGAGAGGUGUUCCCCACCUGUGAAACUGCACAGUGUGAGGAGAGGCAGCUUGAGGUUGCAGGGAGACCGGUGAAGGUUGUGAACACACCAGGAUGGAGUAACAAUCUUAUACAAUGCACUAUGGAGAGGGAUAAAGUGAUCAUGAGAAGCAUGUCUCUGUGUCCCCCUGGACCCCACGCUGUCCUCCUGGUCAUUCCUGCAGACAUAGCAUAUACUGAGAGACACUGGAGAGCCCUGCUGGAUUACCUGUUGUGUCUUGGUGAGAAUGUCUGGAGACACACUAUGGUACUAUUCUCUUAUGGGGAUAGACUGGCAGACAGAACCAUUGAGGAGCACAUUGAGAGGGAAGGGUGGUUCCUCCAGUGGCUUGUAGAUGAAUGCGGGAACAGGUAUCAUGUCUUCAACAAUAAGGACAGGGGUGAUGGCACUCAGGUUAAACAGCUGCUGGAGAAGAUAGAGGAGAUGGUGGCAGAAAACAGUGGGCAUCACUUUUCUCCUGACAUGAGUCAAGUGAACCAAAAGGUGGAGGAGAAGUUCCAGAGGAGAAUGGCUGACGAGAUUAGGCUACAUUUCGAGGAGCAAUGGAGGAGGAGAGAGGGCGAUCUCAUGACAAAGUUCAAAAAGUCACUCAUGGAGUUGGGGAAGGAGAUUGAAGGAUCAGAGCUGCCUGCCAAAUUAAGGAGUAAGCACAACAUUACCCCACCACUCUGA